CCAUGCUGCAGAGGGCUGCUUGUUCCCAGAGACCCUCAGAGCUCCAGGACACCCAGUCUCUCUGCUGCCUGCAGCCCAGACACAGCAGCCCCGACACGGACACGGUCCCUCACCCUGCUCCCCCCCCCUCCUCCUGGAGCUCCGACACCUGUUUGGAUUACUGAUGGACAGGAAAAACAGAGACGAGUUUUAAAGUGGGAAACUUAGUAUUAGUGUAGGAGUGAGAAGAGAAGAGAAGAGAAGAGAAGAGAAGAGAAGAGAGUAUAAGAGAAGAGAAGAGAAGAGAAGAGAAGAGAAGAGAAGAGCUUCUUAUCUGGACUACAAGCUUAUUAAAAAUCUAGUUGAUCACAAACAAGCGUUUCUUAAUUGAAACUUUCUGGAACUUCAGUGGAUGUCGAGUAAACAGCAGCCAACUCUGGCGUAAUUUAACCAAAAUCUUUCCCUGGAAUUGUCGACUUUACUGACUUUUUGUUAGGAACUCUGAACUAGAUCUUACUGAAAGGUUCGGAAACUUUGCCGACAUCAAGCUGCUUUAUUCCUGAAUAUUUGGACAUUUUGGGAACCUUUCUGGGAUUCUAUUGGAACGCUGCACAGGAUUCUGCACUAUUACUCUAUUGUCACGUCCUUCUGGUUUGAAUCUACCCAAUUUAAGAGGAAUCUUUCUCAUUUAAGACCUGAACCAUGGCUCUGUCUGUUGGUCUGUGGCUGUGUCUGUACCUGCCGCUGCUGUUUACCAAUGCAAAGAGCGUCGGGAAACACGACAGUCAACUCGACACCAUAGACAAACCCUUCUCUCGUGUCAAACUGGAACCCCUUUGGAUCACCAAGCAGCUCAGGACUGGGGUCGACGCCGCCAAUCAGAGCUUUCCCCUCCCUGAGAUGCUGGAUCUAGACUUGGACCAGCACCACCGCCAGGCCCGUGGUGCUGAGGAGGAAGAGCAACAGUCCACCUUCAGCCAGUCCUUCGAGAAUGACUCGGUGACGACGCCGCAGGCCACUGAGAUCAACAAUGUAACAAACGUGGCAGCAGGGGACGACGAUAACGAUAAUAUCAAUCUCCUUGGAAACACCACCAUCUCUGACCACGAUCCCCCGGGGCUCUUCAACCCCUUCUACCCACUGGCUGACAGCUCGUAUUCGGCCUACGCGGUCCUGUUCCUGGCCGGCCUGGUGCUGGCGGUGGGCGUGGUGGGAAACAUGGCCGUCAUGUGUAUCGUCUGGAACAACUACUACAUGAGGUCCGCCUGGAACUACCUGCUGGCCAGUAUGGCAUUCUGGGACUUCCUGGUCCUGGUGCUCUGCCUUCCUGUGGUGGUCCUCAACCAACUCUCCCAUAGGAGGAUCCUGGGUGACAUCACCUGUCGCAUGGUGCCCUAUAUGGAGGCUGUGUCUCUGGGCAUCACCUCCUUCACUCUUUGCGCUCUGGGUAUCGAUCGUUUCCACGCCGCCACCUCUUCCUCCCAGCCGAAGGCCCGGCGGGUGGAGCGCUGUCGCUCGGUGCUACUGAAGCUGCUGCUGGUGUGGCUCGCCGCUCUGCUGCUGUCCAGCCCCGAAAUCUUCCUGUGGCAGCUCAGCCAGGCCGUGUCCCCGUCCACCGGCCAGCUGGUCGACUCCUGCACCAUCACCCCCUCCUCCCCUCUGUCCUUCUACCUGCCCGACUCCCUCCACUCUCUGUUGCUCAGGUAUCACCAGGGGCGUAUGUGGUGGUGUUUUGGCUGCUACUUCUGCCUCCCCAUCCUCUUCACCAUCCUCUGCCAAAUGGCCACCCGCAACGUCAACAGCGACUCCACCUCUGCCCAAAAGCAGCGUAACCAAGAUGACCGCUCCACCAAUCAGAAGCGCCAGCAGCACCAGGCGGUGGAGCGUCAGCUGAACUGCACUCUGCUGGCGUUAGCCGUGGUUUACGGCGUCUGCGCUCUGCCCGAACACGUCUGCAAUAUCACGCUGGCCUACACGCACAUCACCGUCUCCGAGGACACGGCUGCCAUGCUGGCGCUGUUGCAUCACUUCUUGUUGUUCUUCAAAUCAUCGGUGACGCCGGUGCUGCUGCUCUGUCUGUGUAAGGCUCUCGGCCAGGCCUUCAUGGACUGCUGCUGCUGCUGCUGUCAGGAGUGUCAGCCAACCACGGCACAGGGCUCGCCAAGCUCCGCCCAGGUCAAACUGAAGGCAGCCAAUGAGACGUCCAUCUUCUUCGACAAGGCUAAAGACACGUCGGCCAUAUUGUCCAUCACCAGCUAGAGCCAUAGGUCCCUUUUUUGCAUCAAUCUAUCACUUCCUCAUAAAUCAAUUCAUCAUUUCUUCGUUUUACCCUUCAGCACUGUUUCUCUUCCAUCAUUAACUUUCCUUUCCCUCCCUCCAAUGUUUGCUGUAAAUCCAUUUUCUCCUCCUUCUAUAUAUUCCUUCCAUACAUUUUUCUCUCUCCUCCAGAACACUUGUGGAUCAAUGAUUGUCUUUCUUCCUGUCCUCUCCUCUUCUUCCAGAGUACCAUUUGUAUUAUAUUCCUUUAUGGACACUGCGUUACCCCCCUCCAGCUUCCUCUCUGUUCAGGAGGUGAUGUUUAAUCUGUAGUGAGAUUAGAAAAGUUGCUGUACUUGCACAACCAGCUGUUGUAAAGGCAGGAGCCUGUUUCAGGACUCUCCGAAUGGACUCUUUCCUCCAACUUCCUGCUGUAUGUAAUGUAAUGUGUGAUAUCUGGGGUGGAAAAACCAACAUGGAUGUCUUCUUUGGUUAGACUAAAGCUGAUGUUUUGCUGUGUUUUAUGGGGAAGUAAUUAGGGCUGCUGUUUACAUCCCUUACAGCAGGUUGAUGGCGAACACGAUCUAAAGAUGAUAUUUUUUGGUUGAAAACGCUGGUGAGGCAGAAGUAAUCCAAUUGGCUGUUAAAGGUCAAUGAGCGGACAACUUACGUAACCAUUAAACUGGCUGAAAAGAGUAUACAGUUGACGUGUUGUGUAUUGAAAUGGCAAUGACUUGUUUUCGACUUCGUGUUCAAAAGAGGAGGAUUCCUAGAUGUUUUUGGUGGCUCACCUCAUCUUUCUUCUAGCAACAAAUUUAGAUAAAAAUUUUAGGUCACCUUGACUGUGUUCCAAUCAGAGCUGUGUUGAAAUAUGAAUGAAGAUCUUCCAAUAUUACCUUGAUGGAUUAAACAAAUGCAGGGAGUUCAUUUCUAUGUCCCAAGUGUCCUAUGUUCCCCAGAUUCAUAUGGCACAUAAUAGAAAUAUGACAAAAGGUCCUAGGUUCAUAUCUACUCUCCCAGAGUCCCAUGUUCCCAUGGUUAGGGGUUAGGGUUUCAGUUCUACAUAUCUAUAUAUGUGCUCUCCCAGUAUCUUGUGUUCCCCAGAUUUAUAUGGCACAUAAUGGGAACAUGACAAAGGGUCCUAGGUUCCCCAGUUCUUCAUACCAUGGUCCCAUAUUCCCAGGGUUAGGGGCCAGAGUUUUGACCUGAACUAAAUAGGAGGGUUUGUGUGUUUUAACUAGAUAUUUAACUAGGGAACAUAAGACCUUGGAAACAUAGGACCUUGGGUGCAUAGGAUCUUAGAAACAUAGGACCCUGGGAACAAAGGACCCUGGGAACAGGUUAUAGUAAAAGUUAUUUCUCAAAAGGGAAGAAAGUAGUGAAGUGGGGAAAGGGAGGAGAUCUAAAGAGUAUUUGAACAGGACUCAGACCUCCUCAGUACUGAGUUGGUCUCUUUGUACAGGAAGUUAAAAUGUGUAGGGAUGUGUAUUAAUAUGUGUUUAGCACAAUGCUUUCACUCAGACUGUCAAAUUCAACUAGUACAAAUGAAGAAACAGAAGAUAUGAACGUAUCUUAUUUUAGUUCUAGAAUUACAACUAAUUACAUCUUUGUAUGAAGGGAAGGGAGAUUUUUUUUAUGUCACAAGAAUGUGUAUGCCUUUGUAUGUUCAGUGUCACAGUGUUAAAUUCAUGGUAUUAUAAUGAAAACUGCCCAUUGUUGGCCCAAUAUUCUGAAACCCCAGUAGUCCAAAAAAUGUCCCAUUGGACCGAAAGCCCAUUUGUCAGACAGCUUACCUGUAAACCAUCAAGAACUGCUGUGAAGGCCUUGUUUUAAUACACACUGGAUGUGCAGAAAAAGUCAAAGCAAGGUGACCUUUGUUGUAAUUUUAACAUGUGGUUAACAUUGUGAAACCGUCGCAGUUUGGUUAUGUUUAGGCAUCAA